AUGAAGUCGGAUUAUAAAACCGAAGCUCCAAAGAAACACAGCUCAGCAAAGGUGUUUAGCGCCAUCACGGAUGUCUACCGAGAUGAAGGGGUGAACCCGACUUCACACCAAGGUAUUCAGCACGGGCUAAAACAAACAGUCAAUUUAGAUUUGGAAAGGUUCAUGACCUCAGAUCAGCUAUUAUAAUGACGCACCACUGCUGUUGUUGUUGAGAUGAGUAAGGGAAUGGAAGGAAAACCAUGGAAAAUAUUAACGUUUGUAGAGGCAAUUGGACACAACAAGGUUUUGAGGCGGUGAAUGGCCAGUUGGCUGCGACCUCUCUCAUGGCUUUCCAAAAUCGUAUUGCUGUCGACAUGCUCCUGGCUGAAAAAGGAGGAGUAUGUGCUAUGUUUGGUGAACAAUGUUGUACCUUUAUUCCCAACAAUACAGCCACAGAUGGCAGCUUGACUGUCGCCCUGGAAGGGUUACGAACUCUUAAUGGCAAAAUGAAGAGCCACUCAGGGGUGGACACUUCAAUGUGGGACUCUUGGAUGGAUGCGUUUGGUAAAUAUAAAACGCUUGUUUCUUCUAUACUUGUAUCCAUCUCUGUUUUUGCUGCAAUUCUAGUGCUUUGUGGAUGCUGUUGCAUUCCAUGCAUACGGACGCUGACAACCAGGAUUAUAACCACCGCUAUUGAUCCACAUCCUGCAGAUAACGGUCAGAUGUUUCCUUUGCUUGCUAUUGACGAUGCUGACCAAGGAUAUCUGGAUGAUGAAUAGCAUUUAAGCUUUUUGUCACGUCUCUUGUGAGACGUGAAGAGGGGGAAUGUAAAACUUUAUCUUCUGAUAAAGUUUUCCCUAUUUUGCCAAUUGCAGCAUUUAAGCUUUCUGUCACGUCUCUUGUGAGACGUGAAGAGGGGGAAUGUAAAACUUUAUCCUCUGAUAAAGUUUUCCCUAUUUUGCCAAUUGCAGCGUUUAAGCUUUUUGUCACGUCUCUUGUGAGACGUGAAGAGGGGGAAUGUAAAACUUUAUCUUCUGAUAAAGUUUUCCCUAUUUUGCCAAUUACACUGUUAGCUUGUGUCACGUCUUAAGUUUUCCUUCUUUACUGUUACUUGGUCACGUCUCUGGGGAGACGUGAAGAGAAGGGUUUGUCGUAGUAAAUAUAUAAUGUUAUAGCUUGGUCUGACUAAAAUCUUGUGCAUAACCCAUCUUGUGUUGGGCCUUUGGAUUUAAUACAAUGCACAAAGACUUCUAUCUUGUCGGCCUUAUCAGCAGGUGGCUAUGGACAACACCCACUCCAUAGGUCUCUCAGUUCUCCCAAACUCACGAGUUAUUGCUCUGAGGACAUACACACACACACCCCCACACACACACACACAUACACACACACACACACACACACAUCAUCAUUGUUAAACAUACACACAUACACACACACACACAUACACACACAUACACACACACACACAUACACACACACUCACACACACACACACAUACACACACGCACACACACACACACACACACAUCAUCAUUGUUAAGCACACACACACAAAAAACCCCUUCUCUUAGGCUGAACAUCUGAAGACAGAGAACCCGACUCAGAGCCAAUGCAAUGGAAGUGACCUCGACCAACUCAUCAGGACCAAUCAGAAGAUCAGAACUACUAGAAUCAACCUACUUUAUUUUAUUGUAUAAAAUGUCAGCACACAAUGUUUAGGGGCGCGCUCUCAGAUAUCUCCCUACGAGAUUGACGAACGGGUCCGUGCACGCUAUUUACAGAUAUCUUUACCUCUGAAUAAACUGCCUUAUAUUAUACAAUCAUCCACCUUGUCCGAAAGUCUCUACUUGGUCUCCGUUCUCCAGUAAACUUGUGAUCAUCAACAAGAUCCAACUUUAAUCGACCUGCAGUAGAAUUGAAAUCACUCAACACAUAUAAAGAAUAAGUUAAUUUCCCACAGUCUUUGGUUUCCUUCUAUUCUGUAAAAUAUUCACUUUGUUUGCCUCAGAUCCACAACAGUCUGGAAAAAUGGGCGCUGGUUAAAAGUAAUGCACAGAAACACACAACCUGCCAGUUGAACCACAUGCUUUGUUCUCCUCAGAGAGCCUUGCCGCUCUGGUGGAGAGGGCUGAGAGGCUGCUGGAGGGCAGAGCUGAAGGGGGAGACAAGCAGGCCAUUUUCCUGCUGGGACAGCUGUACUAUUAUGAGGUAACAGCUCUCACAUUCAUAUAUCAUAUGCCCACAUUCUGGACAAAGAAAUGUAGUUAGCCUGAUAUAAUGGAGCCAUGUGAGAGCCAUUUCAGUAGUGCAGAAAUACCAGUGAGGUAUACUGAUCUUGAGCGAUGAUGCCCUGGUUUUCUGACUGUACUCUACUGCUGGGCCAGGGGCGCUAUGCGGAGGCAGAGAGAAGCUUUGACGGCAUUAAGGACAACGACCCCAGAGCCCUCUUCCAGCUAGCUGUCAUGUAUUAUGAUGGCCUGGGCACUGCUAAGGAUCAUGUGAGUCAGGGUAUUGAUAGUGUUGUGCAUUCUUCCUUGUUUGGUUUGCUGCGUUUCCGCCUCAUAUUAAAUGACAAUGGGUAACUGAAGAACCCCAUGGAGCAUUUCUAAAAACUGCUCGCUGUCACGCCUGCUACUAUCAUGUUAUAAAUCCAAACUACUGUAUAUCUACCAAACAUACCUCAUGUUGAGUAGUCUCCCUAGGCAGAAGGGUUGCCUUCCACAAUGUAACCUGUUUGUUGCAUUGGUCUGGGGUUUCUGAGACUACAUGUUGAGUAGCCUGAGUCUGACGUGUGUUGUACUCUGCUCCAGCCCAGGGCAGUGGACUACAUGAGGAGAGUAGUCCAGUGGAACAGCCCAGAGGCAGGCUCUAUCAGAUACACUGCUCUGUAUCACAUUGGCAUAGCCUACCUGGAGGGCUAUGGGGUCCAGCAAUCCAAUACAGAGGCAGAAAGGUCAGCAGAAACACACACACACUCAAUGUUUGAGAGGUUUGCCAACUCCUGGAGAACUGUUGUGGUAGUGACCGUGUUUAAUGUUUUCCUCACCCAGUAACUGGCUCCUUGCUGCUGAUGAGGGAAACCCCAAAGCCUGUGUAAAAGCUCAGAGUUCACUGGGUAUGUUCUACUCUAGACCUGAGACAUAGGACCUUAAAAGGGUAUGAUGGGUUUACUGUACCCAUGAGAUGUUUCACCUUGAUCAAUAAUUCAGUAUUCUAUUUUAACUAUUCCCUUUCAUAACUCUGUUUCCCCAGUGUGCACCCUAUGCCCCAGGCGUUCUUCUGGCACUCAGAGGCCUGUGGCAAUGGCAGUCUGGAGUCCCAGGGUGCACUGGGGAUCAUGUACUUGUAUGGUCAGGGCAUCCAGCAGGACCCCAAGGCUGCCAUGGAGUGCCUGAAGGAAGCGGCUGAGCGGGGGAGUGUGUACGCCCAGGCCUACCUGUCUGCCUACUACUACCACAGGAAGCUCUACUCCAGAGCAGCAGGCCUUGCCAAAAGGUACUGUCAUAGCUGAUACAGUAUAUUCCCUGUUCUGUCCACACGUUGAUUAUCCACCACAAUAAUCACACGAAUAAGUGUGUCUUUUUCAAUCAAUCUUCUUUUCAGACACGUUUUAUAGUAUCCUAACCAACAGCAAUUUGAUUUCCCUUUGAACCACAUCCAUCAUGCCGUUGCUGGUAAAGUACCCCGUAGAGUGCCAGUCCCAUCAGAGUUGUUCCAACAAGCAGUAAGACAGAGUCCUUGGAAGCAGUGGUUGUGUUGUUCAUGUGGGUAUGAGAGACGAGACACAGCCCGCAAAAUACCACGGCAGUCUUUUUAGUUUCGUUGUAAUUGAAAAUUAAAAUGAGGUGGAGAGAAAAGGCAGUUAAAUACUUAAAACACUAACCAUCUUCAGAAUACUAAAGAUGUGAUAAAUAUGUAUGGUUUGUUAGAAGUCAGAGGUAUAAAAAAAAAAAAAAGAGAUGCUGUGGCUAAAGCUAACCUACUACCCUCUAUUUCCACAAGGAAAAUGAUUGAAGCAGUUAUUAAAUUGUAGACUAAUUCUGCGGUGUGACACCUCAAUGGAAAAAUAUAUAUUCCGAUGUAAAAUGUCAACCAACGGAGUGUAUUUAAAGAAAAGUAUUAUUUGUAUGCCAAAAGAAGUUGACGUUAUCAUCUUCCCACAAUGAAAAUGUAGAAUUUCCAAUUACGAUGACAUCGCUGCCAUCGCCAGGGUCACUGACUGCCUGCCUGAAUACGUCACUAAGGGCGUGGCCAUUGCUCUUUUCUACUACGCCCGCUGUCUGGAACUGGGAAAGGGGGUUCCUCAGAGCAAGGAACAGGCCUGGCAAUACUUCACUAAGGUGGGCACACACACACAUUCAAAUGUAUGUAACUUAUAAAGUCUUGUCUGUAAAAUAUUUUUCGUUAUGUGUCGGACCCCAGUAAGACUAGCUGUCGCCAUUGGCUAAUGGGGAUCCUAAUAAAUCAAAUCAAAUUCUGCUUGACCCUUUUGCCUGAAAUAACGUAAGUAUCAGUGAAGGCCAAUUAAGAUUUUCUCUCCAUUCUCAUCCUGGAAACUGGAUUCUCUUUGA